AUGAAGUUUCUUCCCCUACCCGAGUUCGAGGAUGUCACAGGCUCUUUGAACUUCGAUACAGCCGAUUGUCAUAUUGUUGGUGCAUGCGACCUGUACACCACAAAGGCUGCCCGAUCCGACCGGAAACUGUACAACCACAUCGAACAGUCUCUGGAAGCCCAAUACGAAUCAAUUCUCCGCUUGUCUGCGUCCUUAUCUCCUCCUAAUGCGCACGAUGCCGCCGAGGCUUUAAAUUUGUCGCGAUCCAGCCCCUUCGGCCCCCUGAGCGAGCACUCCAGUCGUCGAACAUUCGCCUACCUAAUCGCGACUCUUAACGCCAGUCAUCCGGACUAUGAUUUCUCGAAUGUGCUGCGCCCGACCGAUUUCCGCCGGGAGCGUCACCUCAAGCGCGUCAUGAAUACUGUCAACUCCACCCUUUACAACCUGCGACCCCGCGAGUCAAUCGAUCUUUCGCCAUCAUCUCCGGCGACCCUCUCCGGAUCAUACAACUCGGGAUAUCCAUGGGGCCCGCGGAUGUGGAGAAUCAUUGAUGAGCAUAUGUCCUUAAAAGAGUGCUCGGUAUACUCAUAUUCACCGGAUGAAGACGCAUCCGACUCCGAUGACGGAGCGAUCUGGAGUCUGCACUAUUUCUUCUUCAAUCCGCUGCGCAAGCGUCCAUACCCCCCAGAGGAGGGCGUUUCCACACCCACUGGCAAGCGUACGUUCGACGAUGGGUACCUCACACCCGAUUUGAGCUCCAGCAAGCGUACCCGCUACUGGCUUGGAACCCGGGCUGAGUCAUCGCUUCGUCACAGCGAAUCUGAUGAUGAUGAUGAUGAUUUGGGCCACCCAUCGCAGCCAUCGCAUCCGAUCUUGGAUGAGGAUGAUCAGUACAUGCUCAGCGAUGAGGAGCUUCAAUCUCGCUCCGGUCAUAAGGGCAUGGUCCGUGCAAUGAGUGAGGAGAUGAUGGACACUAUGGAAGUCUGA